AUGGUCUCCGUGGCGGGUCUGCAGCUCAUCCCUCAGGGCACCGCCUACGGGCUGCUCAUCGGCCUCGGGGUUCUCUUCUGCGUCGUCAUCCUGGCGGCGGUUCGCAUCCAGAAGGCGUACCUGGCGGAGGACUCUGGAACAUCCGAGAUGUUCCUAGUGGCCAAUAGGAGCGUGGGCACGGGGUUGACGGCGUCGGCUGUGUUUUCGAGCUGGAUGUGGAUCAACGAGACUGUCAUGUGUGCCGCUAUGUGUUAUAGAUAUGGGCUGGCUGUUCCACUGUGGUGGGGAUCCGGUCUCUGCUUCCAGAUCGCCUUGAUGGCUGCUCUCGGCGUGAUGGCCAAGAUUCGAGUACCAUAUGCCCACACAUCCCUCGAGAUUAUCAAGCAGCGUUAUGGCAAAAUUGGGCAUGGUGUCUUUAUUGUGAUGAACUUGAUCAACAAUGUCUUCGGAUGUGCUAGCAUGAUCUUAACUGGCUCACAGCUUGUAUACGGAGUGUCAGGCAUGCAUUUCGUGGCGGCCUGUAUUAUUAUACCGUUCGGAGUGGUGCUCUAUACCGCUGUGGGAGGUCUCAAGGCUACAUUUCUGACCGACUUUCUGCAUACUCUGGUGGCUCUCAUCCUAAUCAUUUACUUCACAUUAUCAAUACUCCACCAUGAUGCCAUUGGGGGGUUGUAUGGCCUGUACGACAAGGUCAUGGCAACUGCAUCCGAGAACCUCAUUCCGGGAAAUUACAAAGGAUCGCUUCUCACCAUGAAGUCCCGUGAUGCUAUCAUCUGGGGUCUGGAUCUCAAGUUCGGCAACCUGGCUCUGGUUGUUAUGGACACGGCAUUCUGGCAGAAGUCUUUCGCAACGGAGGUCAACGCCACGGUCCCAGGAUAUAACCUGGCUGCACUAGCCAUCUUCGGUAUUCCAUGGGGACUGGGGACUGUAAUCGGCCUCGCAGCCCGAGCUAUCCACAACACACCCGUCUUCCCAGCGUUCCCUGGCCAGUUUACCGCUGCGGAGGUGAGCGCAGGCUUCGUGAUGCCAUACACCAUCAAGGCUUUGAUUGGAGACCAAGGCGUAAUCGCCUUUCUGGUCCUCGUCUUCAUGGCCCUGACCAGCACUGUAUCCUCAUCCAUGAUCGCAGUCAGCAGUAUCCUCUCCUUCGACGUCUACAAGACAUACCUCAACCCACGAGCAACCGACAAGAAACUGGUCAAAGUGAGCCACCUCACCGUGAUACUGCAUGGCGUUUUCAUGUCGGGAGUUGCAAUCGCUCUGAAUUAUGGCGGGGCAAAUAUGACCUGGCUUGGUUAUCUUAGACCUGUAGUCAGCUGCCCAGGUAUUAUCCCUCUGGCUCUAACGCUUGGCUGGUCGCGACAGACGCGUCUUGCAGCGAUUGUUUCUCCAGUGCUAGGCUUCUUCACUGGGCUCGCCAUAUGGCUUGGCACGGCAUACCACUUCUACGGAAGAGUGACCAUCGAGACGACACAGAACCCCCUUCCGGCUCUGUACGGGGCCAUUGGAUCUUUCUUCUCACCUGCGCUAUACUCAGUCCUGGUAUCAUUGUACAGGCCAUCCAAAUUCGACUGGCGAGAGUUCUUGCGGAUAGAGCUGGCCGACGAGGCCAUGCUGCACAGGGAAGAUAAAACCUUGACUCCAUCUUCGGGAAGUGAUAAUGAGAAGAAUGCUGGAGAUGAGACUCUACAAAGCGAUGGGUUCGACCACCAACCCCCCCUGUCAAACACCUCGGCAGUUCAGCAACACAUAGUCGACCCAGAAUCGAAGAAAGAAAAUAGGUCCGCAGAGGCAUCCAAGACAUCCUCGCUGAUGAGUCUCGACAACGUUCAACACCCCUUCGACGAAGCAACACUCCAAAAGUUAAGACUCUGGGAACGCGUGGCCUGGGUAUUCUUUGUCGUCGUCGUGCUGGUGACCUUUGUCCUGUGGCCUAUGCCACUAUACCGAGACUACAUUUUUACGAAAUCGUUCUUCAGCGGCGAUGCGCUUACCGAUUUUACCCGUUCGCACGCCACUGCGACCCCGGCGCUUGCAGAUCGCUGA